GGUUUGAAGUGAAGAAGAAGAGAAGCAGCAUUAAACCAUCAGAGCUCUGAGAUGAAACACACUUUGUUCUGCUUCAUCUUCCUCACACUUCAGGAUGGAAACACUGGUUUGGUCAAAGCACAAACUCUCCUUCGUACAGAAAAGGAAGGAGGAAACAUCACAGUUGCAUGCAACUUUUAUUUGUCUGGAAGCAGGAAACUCUUCUGUAAGGAAAAAUGUGAAAAUGGAAACAUUCUUGUGGAAACAUCUGAUGAUGCAGCUCAGAACGGCAGAUACAGCAUUAAAUAUGAAAACAAAGGUGUUACCUCAUCUGAUAUUAUGUAUGUGAGCAUCACACAGCUGAAACAGUCUGACUCAGGACGGUACAGGUGCUCUUUGGACAGAGUCUUGUUGACAGAUGGAAACGAUGAUUUUGAGCUGAUUGUCACAGAAGCUUCAACCACUUCAACACCAAACGGGACUCUGAGACCUUUUUCAGCUUCAGUGUUUCUCUCAUCAGCCUCCACACCACCAACAACACAGAGUUUAAGCUCAACUUCAGGAAGCUCCACACCUUCAUCAGCCUCCUCUGGAAGUUCAGAUGUGCUGAUUUAUGUGGGUCUGAUUCUGGUCGUUAUGAUCAUCGUCUUAUCAGCAGCUCUGCUGAUUUUCUACAUGAAGAGCAGGACCACUAAACCCAGAGGACCUCCUGUGGAAACAGACACAGAGGUCAACAGGUUGUAUGAAGAGAUCAGAGAGUGUGACAUAGCGAGCAGGUCACCUCCUGUAGAAGUGUCUUCAGUUUAUGAUCACCCCAAAGGCCCCCGUUCAGGUGGAGAUGAAAGCGGAGGCAUCUACAGCCUCGUCACCUCUGCUCAGAACAACGUUGAAGACAGCUCACAAAGUCUCUGUUACUCUGAGGUGGAUUUUUCCCACAGUCCUGACACAAACGGCGCCCCCUGUGGUAAGACAGCUGAUGUUGUCUACUCCACGUCUUCAGAGGACCUCAGCACCACCAACCACACCGAAGAUGCUUCACCUCCUCUGUACUCUACUGUUACAUCAGUAUGAACUACAUCAGUACUUAAGCUAUGGAUGAAGUCUUAACUCUCUCAGUGGACAACAGCUCAACACAACUGAUACAAAAGCUUAUUUAUUUUUCUGCUUUUGACAUAUUUUUAAGUUAAACGUGGAGUCAGCUCAGGAUAAAGUGACUUUUAUUUUAGCUUAACAUUCAACUAAAGAAUGUUGCAAUACCACAGUUAAAAUAGCAGAUGUUAGCAUUAUGGUAUGAUGCUACAGCACAGAUUCAGUAAAAAGAGAACUGUGCAUUUUGGAAAGACUUCCAGCCUCCUGUACUCGUCUCUGGAGUAUUCCAUCAUUGCAUUUAGCAGUUGACUUGGCAGAAAGUUAUUGUACAGACCGCUGUGUGAGGAUUAAUGUGCAGAGUGAUUAGGUCAGCCCGGAAGUUUCACCUCUUUCAGAUGACGUUUAGCUGAGAAAAACCACAGCAUGCAGAUAAAUAAACUACUUCAUGUGGUGUUAUUAUGACUGAUUGUUUCACUCUUCACAAGUCAAUCAUAGCAGACCCAAAUAUAGCAGAAAUAGAUUUUCAGCCUUCUGUACAGAGGACAAAAAUGGGUUAUUAUAGCUAAUUUUUCAUGCAUGACAGAAUAGUUUUAUAUUGUGCCCUCAUUUCCAUUCCGAAGCUUAAAAAUCACACAAAGUUGAAAAAACAACUGGAUAUACGGCGGGCGGUCCUCUACCAGAGGCCUCGGAGCUUGAGGGUCCUACGCAGAUCCAUCUUUGCUGUUUCAGGACCGCGCUCUUCUGGACAGAGAUCUCAGAUGUUGUUCCUGGGAUCUGGUGGAGCCACUCCUAGCUUGGGAGUCACUGCACAGAGCGCUCCGAUUACCACUGGGACCACUGUUACCUUCACCCGCCACAUCUUCUCGAGCUCUUCUCUGAGCCCUUAAUACUUCUCCAGCUUUUUGUGUUCCUUCUUCCUGAUGUUGCUGUGAUAUUGCUAUAUCACUAUGGCCGUCUUUCUCUGCUUGUCCACCACUUUUCUGUCCGGCCAUCCCCAUUUGUCUGUCUGUAUCUGGAAAUCCCACAGGAUCUUAGCUCGGUCAUUCUCCACCACCCUAGGGGGGCAUCUUCCAUUUUGACCUCAGGACUUUCAGGCCAUACAGAUGUUCCUGUAUACUAUUCCGGUCACUUGGUUAUGGCAUUCCAUGUAUUCCCUUCCUGCUAGCAUCUUGCACCCUGCUGUUAUGUGCUGGAUUGUCUCAGGGGCAUCUUUACACAGCCUGCACCUGGGCUCUUGCCUGGUGUGAUUGUUCCUGUGCUGCUCUAGUGCCUCUGUGCUGUCUUUCAGUCCAGCUUUGUCCAGCCACUGGUUGCAUGUCAGCCACUUCCUCUAUCUGCUGGUGGUACAUACCGUGCAGGGCCCUAUCCUGCCAAGAUGGUCCCUCCUGUUCCUUGGGUUUCUGCUGCCUGAGGUGUUCACUGAGCAUGUGGUCAGUUGGCUCCUUUGGCCAGCUUAUUAUACCAGCUGGGUACCUGAUCACGGGCAGGGCGUAGGUGUUGAUAGCCCGGAUCUUGUUCUUACCGUUCAGCUGACUCCUCAGGACUUGCCCGACCCUCUGCAGGUACCUGGUGGUUGCAGCUUCCCUAGCGGCCUCUCCAUUGUAUCCAUUUGGUUGUGGGAUUCCCAAAUACUUGUAGCUGUCCUCGAUGUUUGCAGUGUUGCCCUCUGGUAGUGCUUCAGUGAAUCGAUGUCUCAUCCACUCAUACAGCUUGAUGUUAUCCAGGUAGAGGAUGUGCUGACGAUUGCUCCAUUCUGUAGUCGGUAUCCGUAGCCAGUCUUGUCAAUGAUCUCACUGAGGGGGUUCAGGCCUAUGCAGAACAGCAGUGGGGACAGAGUAUUUCCUUGGUAGACCCCACACUUGAUGGUGACAUGCUAUUGGCUUGAAGUAGGCCUCCAGUGUUGUACGCCACAUCCCCACUGAGUUCCUGUUGAUCUUGUACAAUUCUAGGCAUUCCAGGAUCCAGGUGUGGGGCAUCCAGUCAUAGGCCUUCUUGUAGUUAAUGGGGGCAGUGCACAGGUUGGUGAGCCUGGUCUUGCAGUCUUGGGCGACUGUUCUGUCUACCAGUAACUGCUGUUUCACUUCUCUGGUAUACUUGCCAAGUCAUUUCUGUGCCCCGCUCAUGUUAGCCACUGUGACGCCUGACAGGAGCUUCCAUGUAGUAGUCGGAGAUAUAUACUGAAAUAUUUAGCUGCCGUGGAAUCACAAUGUAUAUAGUUAUUGUGUCACAUGUAUCAGAGUGUUUUGAUUGUUUUUCCUUUACAUACUUGUUGUUUAAAUAUUAAACUGCAACAAACUAGCAUUCACUUUAUUCCCCAACCCAACCCCCCCCCAAAAAAAACAAAAAAGAAGAG